CAUUAUCGGGGCAAGCUGAACCAAACAGUUCCCACUGGGCCCUAUACCUCCAACGAGCUGUCUAGUAAGGCAGCACAAACCCAUGGUGAUACUCGCACAGUGAUGAAAGAGUUUCUAAUGGUGGAACUUUUCAGAAUCGCCGAUGUACCGAGUGGCCAGGAAGGCCCUGUGGAUGGAAACAUGAGAUCCUUCCAUGGCAGUUUGAAUACGCCGGGAUAA